GUUUGCCUCACGCCCAUCGUCUCGCCUCAUCACUCAGCAUGCCUGCGCCUGCGCCUACGCCCAAGCCCGCGCCCAAGCUCACGCCCGAGGGCAAGCGCGCGCUCGACGCCUGGUUCAAGGCUGAGGUUGCCAAGGGCGAGCAUCCCGCCAUGUUCGCCAUCGUCGCGACGCCCACCGAGGUGCUGUAUGAGAGCGCACGCGGCGACCGGGUGUUCGGGCAGCCGGAGAAGGGCCAGGUCGACUGGGACACUACGCUCCAGCUGUGGAGCAUGACCAAGCUCGUCACCUCGGUCGCGUGCUUGCAGCUCAUGGAGCGGGGGCUGGUGGACGUCGACGACCCGAAGCUCGUCGAGGAGGUGCUGCCCGAGCUGGCCGCUCAGCCGAUCCUCGCGGGCUAUGACGGCGACAAGGUCAUCCUCAAGAAGCGCACCCAGCCGCUCACCCUCCGCCACCUGCUCACGCACACGAGCGGCAGCGCGUACUCGUUCCUCGGCACGCCGCUGGUCAAGUGGGAGAAGCAGACGGGCCACAAGGCGUGGACGGCCAAGGGCGCCAAGCUCGACAGCAUCACUACGCCGCUCCUCUUCGAGCCCGGCACCGCGUUCCAGUACGGGCACGGGAUCGACUGGGCCGGGCUCCUCGUCGAGCGCGUCAGCCGCCUCACGCUCGAAGACUACUUCCGGAAACACAUAUGGAGCGCCGUCCCCGGCGAGUGCCGGAGCAUGACGUUCUACCCGACGCGCCGGACCAAGGGCCGCAUGAUGGGCAUGCACGGCCGCAAGGGCCGCCGCGUCGUGCCCGAACCCGGGUGGCGCGACGUCAUGGCCUGGGACUCGAUGGACAUGAAGUUCCGCUUCGGCGGCGCCGGCCUCUUCGGCACCGCGCGCGACUACACCGCAUUCCUCCAGCACCUACUUGCGUGCUACCAGGGGCGGGAGGGCAUGCUGCGCCCCGAGACCACGCGCUUGCUCUUCGAAGACGCGUUCCCGCAGGGCGGCGAAGGGGAUACGUGCCGCAAGGGGCUCGGCAGACUUAUGCGCGACAUGGGCGUGUCCCAGCCGGGAUGGCAUACGGGCGCCGAAUUGACGCACAGCCUGGCUAUGUGCGUCAACACGGCUGACUCGCCCCAUGGGCGGCGCGCGGGGAGCGCGACGUGGGGCGGCGUCGCGCGUACCCAGCAGUGGAUCGACCCUAGCACGGGCAUUGUUGCGUUCUUUGGCACCCAGAUCCUCGAGUUGGAUUGGCGGGCGUAUGGGCGCGCUCUCGACGGGUUCGAGCACAAGGUGUACGGUGCCCUCGAAGUCGGCGCCAAGCUGUAAGCGUGUGUGCUCGUGAUUGUUUGUGUG